AUGUUGCCCUCAAAUUCACUAGAAGCCGAUUCCAUCACUGAAAUCGAUUGCUCGAAAUCCAAUACAUGCAUGAAAUGUCUGAACAAUAAGCCUUUGUGCAGCUGGUCCAUCGAACUGCAAUCAUGCUUUAACACAAAAGUGCUGCAAGCACCGCGUGGAAAUUUAACAGUAAAUAACGAAAAGCACUGUCCACGGUUCACAGUGGUCAACAAAUCGUCCGUAGCCGGCGUGUCUUUUAAAUACACUAUCAGAAUAUCGAACGACUUGAAGGGUGCGGUCACGUCGUUCCUGAACAGCAGUACGAUCACAUGUUGUAUCGAGUCUUGCGACUUCCGUGGGUCGGUGAUCGACGACUCAAUCGUGUGUGCGGCGAUACGCACGCCAUGGUCGUACUUUGCGGACGGCUCAAGAGCCAUGAUCUCAUACAUAUACGUCAUGUUCGGCGACAAAAAACUGCAGUUUGACAAUGACGCCGACCACUAUUACAUAAUUUACGACCGCGACUGCGCGGCGUCUGCGGCCGCUGCUGCUGACGACUGCGCGACGUGUCUCUGGAAUGACAGAUUCUACAAGCAUUACUUGAAAUGGUGCCCGACUGGCAACCCGUGUACGGGGUCGUAUCAGAUCUACGAUAAGCGGGACUUGGACGGUGACAAGAAAUUUCUGUUCAGCGAUGACGACGUGGUGCGCGUACGCUGCGCCGAGAUCAACAUCUUGUCGGUGCGGCCGCUGUACGCGCCGCGGACAGGCGGUGGAACCACCACAUUGACGAUAACCGUCCGGAACCACCGGAUGUUGGUCGAGAACAGAACUGUGACGGUGGCUGUGGCCGGAAGACGCUGCAAGGACCCGGUAACGUACGAUAACCAGACGAUAACUUGCUCCUUGUUGCAGUCGUCGAUCACCAGCGCCGUAGCCGCCGCCGGUCCGGUCGAAGUUGUGUAUGCGUCUUCGUUGUCUUCGGCCCGGCCGUCGCAGAAUAAGAGGUUCACGCUCACAUCGUUUGAAACAGUCGGUUUCGUCGAUCCAGAGACGACGAGCGUGCGUCCGACCUGUGGGUCCAUUUCUAGCGGCAUCACGUUGACGGUGCGUGGCAGUUUCCUGGACAUCGGUAACGCCGUACGCGUGUCCGUCGUAGCAAACAUCAGUGAAUCAGAAGUCGGAGAAACGGUCCUCAUGACAUGUGACACUGUGUCGCGCGACCGGCACACAAUCGUCUGCCGGACCAGCGCGGCCGUCCGCCGCAACAAUUAUAACGCGACCGGCGCAUCGUCGGCCCGCGUGAAAGUUCAGUUCGACGGUGGUCCGAUCAAGUACGUCCAGAAUCCCGCCUCGUGGACGUUGUGUACGAUCGGCGAAUCGGCGUUGGACGCGGGACAGACGUACGGCGGCACCGUUUCGGGCGGCACUUUGGUGGCGGUCCGCGGCGUCCGUUUUUCCUGUGUUUCGAAUGCCCACUUUUACGUGCACGACAGGAACGGUGCUAAAUACCAGCACGCUACCGGAUGCCGAGUAGUGAACGACACAUACAUGGAGUGCCGGUCACCGGACAUGCGGCGCGCGUCGUCUGCCGUCGACGUAGCCACAGCCGUUGGGUUUCCGGAUUUCGGUGUCCGGGCGCUGGAUUGUGGCGAAGGUCGUGUGUCCGACUUGCCGGUGCUGCAGCCACAGCAGCAAAGGUUGUCAGCAACCGCCGUUCACAGUCCGUUUUCCGUGUAUGCCGAUCCCGUUUACGUUGAUUUCGAAAUCCGCGACGGUGCCGUCGUCAUUAGCAGCGGCCAUCCAUCCUCACUGGGCCAGGGCUACGUGGUCGGCGACGUGGCCGUGCGGUUUCUAAACUCAACGGGUGGUUGUCGCGUUACGUCCUUGUCACGACACGAGAUAAUUUGCGUGCCGAACUCCACUACCACGGCCACCGUUCUCAACCAGCUUCGACGUAUCGUGGUGACCGUGGGUGGGUACGAGUGUGAUGUGCAGAAAAAGUCUAUCAACGCCUGGGACGACGGUAGAAGCGGUAGUCGGUCGCUGCUAUUCACUAGCGUCACUUUCUCCUGUUGCAGUGGAGUUGCCAUCGUUUCGGGGGCGGUGUUACUUUUCGCUGUAGGUGUCUUAUUAUUCCGUGUCAUUACAAAAAAUCGGUACGUAAUAAGCGCGGACACCUAA